AUGAAUACCAAAUUUAUUUUAAUUUUAUUGGUUUUAAUUAUUUCAACUAUUUUUGUUAAUUCACAAUCUUUAAAUGUUGAAGUUAAUGAUAAUACUAAAGACGUUCAAGAUUGGCAUGAUGCUUGUAAAGUAAUCACUGAUGAGCCAAUGUGUUUAGCAUUCAUCCAACACUGUGAAUGGACAAAAGGUCAUUGUAAAGCUUGGUUAUAA